AUGACGAAGGCCCCCGCCUCCCACCCGCCCUAUUCGGACAUGAUCGCCGACGCCAUCGGCAGCCUGAACGAGCGGGGCGGCAGCUCGGUGGUCGCUAUCAGGAAAUACAUGGGCUCCAAGUACGGCCUGCCGGACGGCUGGGAGAAGAAGCUGUCGCACUACCUGAAGAAGUUCACGGCGGACGGGAAGCUCACCAAGGUGCGGGGGUCGUGGAAGCUGGGCAAUGCACUGAAGGACAAGCCCGCCAGUGCCGCCAAGCGCGCUAAGCCCGGCAAGCGCGCCGCUUCCAAGCCCAAGGCGCCCACGCCCGCCAAGGCCAAGGCAUCGAAGCCCAGCAAGGCGGCGGCGCCCAGGCCAACCAAGCCCAAGGCCAAGCCCGCGGGCGUGAAGGCGAAGGCGAAAUCCGCGAGCAAGAAGGCGGCCCCGAAGCCGAAGGGGCCGAAGAAGGCGGCCGUCAAGCCGUCGAAGAGGGCGGCGCCCAAGAAGGCGGGCAAGGCCGGCGGCCGGGCCAAGCCCGCCAAGUCGAAGGCCAAGGCCAAGGCUGCCAAGAAGGGCUGA